AUGGGCAAAGGUGAUCCUAAAAAGCCAAGAGGUAAAAUGUCCUCAUAUGCCUAUUUUGUGCAAACUUGUCGGGAAGAACACAAGAAGAAACAUCCAGAUGCUUCAGUGAACUUUGCAGAAUUCUCAAAAAAAUGCUCAGAAAGGUGGAAGACCAUGUCUGCUAAGGAGAAAGGAAAGUUUGAAGAUAUGGCACGAGCUGAUAAAGUUCGCUACGAAAGAGAAAUGAAAACUUACAUACCACCUAAAGGAGAAUCAAAAAAGAAGUUCAAGGAUCCCAAUGCACCAAAGAGACCUCCUUCAGCAUUUUUCUUGUUCUGUUCUGAGUAUCGUCCAAAAAUCAAAGGAGAACAUCCUGGUCUUUCUAUUGGAGAUGUUGCAAAGAAACUUGGAGAGAUGUGGAAUAAUACUUCUCAAGAUGAUAAGAUACCCUUUGAGAAAAAGGCUUCCAAACUGAAAGAGAAAUAUGAAAAGGAUAUUGCUGCAUACAGGGCCAAAGGGAAGCCUGAAGUAGCCAAAAAACUAGCUCCAAAGCCUGAGAAAAGCAAGAAAAGGGAGGAAGAAGAUGAGGAUGACGAGGAUGAUGAAGAGGAAGAAGAGGAUGAGGAGGAGGAAGAUGAGGAGGAAGAAGAGGAUGAUGAAUAAGUCUCCUUUUAGAUUAUUUUUGUCUGAAAAGAAUCUAAACCCCCCUGUACACAACUCACUCCUUUUAAAGAGAAAAAAGAAACAUAAGGUUGUGCAAGAUUUGUUUUUAAACUGUACAGUGUUUCCCCCCUUUUUCUUUCUUUCUUUUUGUAUAGUUAACACACUACCAAAUGUGUCUUUUGGUAGACCUGUCCUCUAGUGGUAUCUCAGUCACCACUAUCUUUGCCUAGUACAGUUAUGGGGGUUAUAAAUUGGCAUGGAAGUUUAUGGAGAUUUCCUGUUGGUGCACAGCACAGAUUAGUUAUACAUGCGGAUGUAGUUCAUUAUUCAUCUUCAGUUGUCUGCAUCAUAAAAGUAGUAGUUGUUUUGUUUAACUGAAUACCACUCUGUAAUUGCAAAGAAAAAAAGAAGAAAAGUUGUAGCUGUUGGCAUUCUGAUUGCUUCUAAGUAAAUACAUUUUUUAAAAAAUUAGUAUUGUUGUCCUUUUAAUAGGUGCCCUUGUAAAGACAAUAUUUUCUUUUUUCCUGGAAAGUUCAUUUUUAUGCUCUUGGAAUCACAUCACAAUUACACUUCAUAUAAUGACCUGAUGUGAGAGCGUUGAUCUACUUGCCCUACAUAAUCAUGAUAGGGUAGGAAAUAAAAUAUAUACAGGAAUAUGCAGUGCAGGGCUUUUUCUUAUAACAGGUCAUAAUUAAAAACAAAAAAUCAGCACCUGUUUAGUUAAUCUAUUCUUGCUCAGUUUUUCUUGCAUACAAUAUUCUAUGGGGCUGUGUAAAUUUACCAGUUUGGGAAAUACAAACUUCACUGACAUAGGGGAAAUAACAUCAGACAAGUGUCCUUGGAGGACCAUUGAAAGAGUAUAUUCUCAUUCUGAUUUGUGAGGAAAUUAAAUGUAUGAUUUCAUUGGCUGGUAAUGAGAGUUGUAUUUGCAAAUACCUGAAUGCAGAUGUGAGUGUACCUUACCUAAGUAGGUAAUGUUAAAUGCUAAAUUACUGUAAUCCUUUAAGGAUACUAUGACAAGCGAUAUUUGUGGAUUUUAUACCAAGAAAUCUUUUGGUACUAAAUAUCCCACAUGAAAAGAUUUUACUUUGCUAAUGUUUUCCAUGAGUGGUACUCUUGUUUAAUCUGUAUAAAUAUAUGUUUUCAUAAAUGCUAGUUUUAGCCCAUUUUCAACAUUUUACAUGGUCUCAAAAUGAGAUAAGAUGUAUCAUUCUAUUAGUCUUAUAAUGCAUUCUUGAUGUUUGCCCAUUUUGUAAGUUAAAAAUAAGGGGAAAGUACUUUUUUUGAUUUAGGUGUGAGAUGUAAUGUGCUGUUCUAAUGACCUCUGAUUUGAUAAAAUAUAGGUUGCUUUGAAAACCAAAGUUAAAGUUUUUAGUAAAGUAUUCAAUAAAAAGUGCUGGCAGUUAACUCUUUUACAUUUACCUGCAAACUAAUUUGGGGAUUGAUUGGCAAUUCUGUAGUUACAAAAUGAUGGUUCUCAAAUGCCAGUGUUUAAAGAUAGCAUUCUUGUAAUUUACACACAUUUUUGAUGGGGUAUUGUUUUGUUAUGCAUUUUGACUUUUAAGAUUCUUACUUCAAUUUUGCAUUUGUUUAUGUAUAACCUCAGGAGAAUACUGAACAUCUGAUUUCCUGGUUAAUACUAAUAAAAUAAUAAUUACAGAGGUUUUA